UUCUUUGACAGGUCCACUGAAGGUGAUUCAAUUAUGCACAAGGCUGGAGUUUUAAAGCGAGUUGAUGCCCAAAAAACCGCCACAAAUCUUGCAAGAGAAGCCAUGAGCAAAGUUCAGCCUUUAACGGAACGUAAACCAGAAGGGCCUGGAUCCAAGAGGCCGCCAUUCACCUGGGAGGAGAUUUGUAUGUAUUUGUAUGGACAUACGCCUAUGGAGCCUGCAAUCACUGAAGACCAGCGGAAAAAUGUCAAAAGAGAAGAAAACGGCCCAGAACGUAAGAAAAAGCGAUGUUCUCUGCCAAGCCCAUCUAUGAUGUUCCCGGAUGAAGUGAAACUCUGCAAGUCAAGCGUUCCCGGAGCGGAGUUUGGAGUGUGCGCAGCACAGCCCAUUCCUCCCGGAACAUGGAUCGGUCCGUAUGAAGGCCAGGUUGUUAGGUGCGAUGAACUGCGAGAGGGAGUGCAUAAUAGUUAUAUGUGGGAGAACUGUGGGGCGGCGUCCUACUUAGUGGUGGCGUUUAUGCAAUCCUUGAAAACUGUUAUCAUCCUUAUAUCUAUUUUAGAGCACACAGUCCAAUGGAAGCCCCCAGGAAUCGAAGAGGAGUCAUUUUUUGAAGAUAUACGUGACCAGGAGUUUGAUGACCACGAAAGGCCCCUGGACCCUUUUGGAUUGGGCCUGAAAGAUCACGGAGAGCCACAUAUUUGGAGAUGCGGUCAGUGCACGCAAACGUUUUCACAAAGGGUUCUUCUUCAGAUGCACGUGUGCCCACAGUCACCAGAUCGCCCCUACCAGUGCGGGCACUGCCCUUCAUCGUUUCCAGGCCCAGCAGAGUUGAGGGAACACGUUGUCAUCCACAUAAACGAGAAACCAUUUAAAUGCGGAUUCUGUGGUCGCUCAUUCGCCGGUGCAACGACACUAAACAAUCACAUUCGCACGCACACGGGAGAGAAACCAUUUAAAUGCGAAAAAUGUCAUAUGACGUUCUCGCAAUCAACGCAGCUGAGCCGCCAUCAGAAGUCCCCGGAAGAGUGCCAAGGGGAUCCAAAGGAGAGAAAGUGAACCAAAAACUUCCACCAGCAUUUUGGACAGGAAAUUUGAAAGCGAAGCUAUUUUUAUGGUCUGCUUUUCACAUAAACCACACUAAAAUAAAAUUCUUUAGGACUGAGCGUUUUAUUAUAAAGAGGGAAGGGUGGGAGGGUAAAUUGAGGUCACCAAACCUCAGGGAAGGUAUCUUACAACUUGAAGAAAAUCGUUCUCGUUUGCAGAAUGAGAUUUUAAGAAAGAAAGCACGGCUAACCACCCCCUUCUCACUGCCCCAUUCCCACACGACAGAAGUGAAAUGAUUCGUCAACUCAUUGCAAGUGACUAAGUCUUAGAUGUUUAGCAUUUCUUUCGUAU